CCGGGUGAACCAGACGUUCAACUUUUUUGUUUGUCUGUGUUUUUGUUCCAGAAAAGAUCAAAUAGAACCUUAUCCGAAACUCAUAGAAAAUAAUUAAUAUGCGAUAAUUUUAAAAUAUAUACCAGUAAACUGUAAAAUACAGAGUUAGCUAGAAAAUAAAUUAAAGAAAUGAGUGAGUUGACUCCUGAUGAGAUCAGAAGGCGACGCCUUGCUCGUCUCCAAGGCAACAGAAGUACUCCAAGUACACCAGCCUCAGCAAAUUCAUCAAAUGCUGGGGAGUCUCCCAGUCUACCUACAGGAUCUGAGGACCAGUCUGUUACAGACAGUCCUGAUCAAAUGCAGACACUUUCUACAGCAUCUCAAGGAUCAGAAGAUGCCAGUAUGUCCAGUAACCACAGUUCCAGUACCAGUCUGUCAAGUAUUCUAGGAUCUACACCAAAAACAUCUGAAAGGACACCGCCAGCCUCAUUGAAAGUCGAGCCAGUGGCAGGGGAUUCAUCACAAACAGCCGAUAUGGACUGCUCAGAAAAACAUACCCAGUCUCAGAUGGAUGUAGAUUCUGGCAUUGAAACAAUGGAAGUCGAUGAACUUGAAUUACGACAAGAGGCUAAAAGACGAAGGGAUGCAAGUAUUGGUUCCGAAGCUACAGAUGAACAAAUGAUAAACUCAAUCUGUCGAGUAUUCCAGGUAUCAUACAAGGAGAAAUCUGCAUCAGCUAUACAUUUACCUGAUAUAUCUGAUGCUAUAGAACAAGAACAAGUAGACACAAAGGAUGUGAUAAACCAGACUGUGAUGGAUGUAUUAUUUAAGAUAAAACAAUCAGACAGUAAUCCAGUACUGGAUCUGAAGCCAGCUACACCUGAUGUUUCACCGAUGAAGAACUAUGGAACUAGUCCUAUGGGUGCCAGUCCUAUGAUGGUGACACCUGAACAGCCUCGGAGAGAGUUUACCUGUAAAUUACGACCAGUUAAAUGUAAGGAGGUGGAAAUGAUCAAUUAUCUGGUGGACAGUUAUGAGAGGGUGGCUGUUGAAGAAAGGAUGGCACCAAAGAGAGCUAGUGUUCCACCAAUGAGUGAUAUGUUAUCAUCAGCUAGGAACCAGUGUGUAUGUCAUACUUCUCUAGUACUACAGGGAGGACUUACCAAGCCAAGAUCUCAAGCAGAAAUGUCAUUAUUAUUGCCGUAUCUGUUAUCACAUAAUCUGCCACGUGGCUUUCUAUCAGAACUUAUCUACACUACACAACGAGAUCCUGAUAGCUUUACAAAAGUAUUUGUUCCAGUCUUACAAAGUUUACAACGUCAUGUAUUAACUUUAUCACUGGACAAUGAUGAUUAUAGAGAUGUAAUAUCAGUACUCGGUGAACUUGUUGAAGUGAAAUGUGGAUCUGUUAGGCCUAUAUGUAAUUUGAUGGUACAGUUAUCUAAUUGGUUACCAGAUGUAUUUACUCAGGCAGCAGGAAUGGAAGUUGCCAAAUUGUCUUACCUUGGGCCUUUCUUUGCUCUCAGUGUGUUUGCUGAGGAUAAUACAAAAGUUGUAGAGAAACAUUUCUCCGGCCAUCAGUUAACCCCGGAAAAUGUCCGCCUCAUCCAUCAGUCAUUACAACAUAGAAUGCAAUAUCUCAGGGAGGAGCUAUAUAAAAUAGUUCAUUGUGUUUUGGUGAAUGGUGAAACAAGAGAUGCAGCCAUGACAUAUAUAUCUACAGCUCUAGACAGAAAUUCAAAGAAGUCUCAAAUUGUUGUGAAUGAAAAUUUGGUGGCAGGAGAGGGCUACAUGUUAAACAUGCUCACAGUUCUACAAAAACUCUCCAUGAAAAUUUCACUAGACAAGGUUGACCAGUACUAUAUAUUUCACCCACAGUGUAGAGUGACGUAUAAGUCGGAGUCCAGGUUGAAAAUGUCUUCACAAGAGGCAGAGGAGUGGGUUGAAAAAUUAAGAAAAGAAUCAAGUCCACCUUGGCAGGAUCCAAAGUUUCCCACAGAAUGUUUCACAGUGACGGUGUUCUGUCAUCAUUUAUCCAUACUGCCAGCUGUCAGAAAACAUCAGCGAUGUUUACGUGCAAUACGUGAGUUGUCGAGGAUCGUAGAAGAGAUGGAGAAUUCAGAAUCUCUAUGGCGACAUUUACCCACUGCCUCUAGGAAUAGAGAAAUCAUGAAAAAAUAUAAAUCACAGUAUCAGAGAUUACAGAAGAGUAAAUUAUGUGCAGAAGCUGCAAUAAUGGACGAGUCAUUACUGCGAAGUUGUCUUCAGUUCUACAGUAAACUGUCAGACUACAUGCUCCGUGUAGCCGAUCCUGUCAAUAAAGGUCAAGUGUUACCUUUACCCAGUGAGGUGUCUCAGAUAUUUUCUGCUUUACCAGAAUUUUAUCUGGAGGAUAUUGCAGAAUUUACUCUCUUUGUUGCUCAGGCAAUGCCACAUGUGUUAGAAGACCCAGCUACGGACAAAGUGAUACAGUUGCUCAUUGUGUUUGCAUGCUCUGCUCAUUAUGCCAACAACCCAUACCUUGUAGCCAAACUUGUAGAAGUGAUGUUCUACUUUAACCCUAACGUACAGCCACGUAUGGAGAAGAUACAUGAGCGCCUCUUGUUACAUGAUUUAUCUAGAGAAUUCUUGGCACCGGCACUCAUGCAGUUCUAUACAGAUAUUGAACAGACUGGUUCGAGUAAUGAGUUUUACGACAAGUUUAGUAUCAGAUAUCAUAUCAGUAUCAUCUUUAAAUCCAUGUGGACCAUACCAUCUCAUCAGCUCAAAAUGAUCGAAGUUGCCAAUCAAGGUAAAGAGUUUGUGAAGUUUGUCAAUAUGUUGAUGAACGACACAACAUUCUUACUGGACGAGAGUCUAGACUGCUUGAAGAGAAUUCAUGAGGUACAAGAUGAAGUGGCCAACACAGAAGAGUGGAGCAAAAAAACUAGUGAACAACAAAGAAAUCUCCAACAGCAGCUGUCGACAGAUGAAAAACAGUGUAGAUCAUAUCUCACCUUGGCAACAGAAACUGUCGACAUGUUCCAUUACUUAACUGACAAAAUACAGAAACCCUUCCUCAUACCUGAACUAGUUGAUAGAUUAGCUGCUAUGUUAAACUUCAAUCUGCAGCAACUGUGUGGUUCAAAAUGUAAAAACUUGAAGGUGAAAAAUCCAGAGAAGUACGGAUGGGAGCCCAAAAAGUUGCUGAAUUCUCUCACAGAUAUAUACCUGCAUUUAGACUGCCCCAAAUUCUGUGAGGCCAUAGCAAAUGAUGAGAGAUCGUACAGGAAGGAGUUAUUUGAUGAUGCUAUGGCCAGAAUGAGAAGAGCUUGUAUUAAGACUGAGAACGAGAUAGAAAAGUUCAAGUCUAUACAAGAUAAGGUGGAGGAGAUUGUUGUACAAAAAGCCAGGGAGGAGAGGGACUAUGGUGAAGUUCCAGAUGAAUUUAGAGAUGCUUUAAUGGAUACAUUGAUGAAGGACCCUGUAGAGCUUCCCAGUGGCAAUGUAGUUGAUAGACACAUUAUUGUACGACAUCUUCUCAACUCACAGACUGAUCCCUUCAAUAGACAGCCCCUCACAGAAGAAGGUCUUAUUCCAAGAGAUGAUAUAAAACAGAAGAUUGCAAAUUGGAUCAAAGAAAAGGAUCAGUCAAAAUGAACCAGUCAAAUAUCUAGUCACAGAAUGUUGUACACAGUCUAAUUCAAUUGAAAACUGUGUCACAGUCUGCUUUUCAAGAAAUUCAAAGAAUUAGUCAAUUUGUAACUUCUAACAUAUUGUAAAAGACUGUGUUAUGUCUUGUUUCCUAAUAUACAAUUUAACAUAUUACAAUGUAUUAUUGCAUUUUUCUAUCUCAGACUGAGAACUACAGUUUAUAGCCGUUAAGCCAAGACACAGUCUAUUUUUCAGUUCAACUAUUUAAAUAAUAAGGAUAGCUAUCUCCUUUUUUGCAGUAGGAUACCACUUGAUAAUGAUUUUGCAUUUCAUUUUUGAACAGCUUACCCAGUAAAGAUAUUGACUUAAACUGAACACAUGUGUUUUGGAAUAGGUCACUUACUAAGACCAAUAAUUGUAGAGUGAGAAUUGACUGCUUUACUUAUUCCAAGUCAGCCAGAAAAGCUUAUCAGCCGCCUUCACUGUAUGAUCUUAUAUAAGCAAAUCUAUAAUCAACUGUGCAUUUUGAUAAGGUCAGUUUAUCUACACCAUAUGCAUAAUUGGUGUUUUAUAAAUAAUUAAACACCUCUCUUGUUCAACUUCACAUUAUAUUCAUCAAUUCACCUUUUAUAUCUCGGAAAAUUUCCUGUAUGACACUUUUUCAAUCAAACAUUGAGUGCAGUAGAGUGAACUGUCUGUAUGAUAGCUCUUGUUUAUAAUUUUUUUUACCAAAAUUGUGUCACAAUUCAAAGUCUAAAAAUAAAACUAGAGUCACAGUCAUGUUAUCUCAAAAGGCUGAGACUCAGUCUAUGUCUUGUUGUCAAAAUUGAAGACACAGUCUAUGUUUGUGUCAUAGUCCAUUUCAAAGUUAAAUUUAAAAUAUACAAUCAAAGUGAUUUGUUUCAACCUUUAACCUUCUCAAUAAUUGUCAUGGAUAUGCCCUGCUUUGAAUUUUGAAACAGUUCAUGCAAGUUUUAAGGGAUUUGAAUACCAAAAUACAUAAAAAUUUAGCUACCGGUAUAGAACCUGGUCAGUCUGACCAGGUUUACAGGCUGGCCUGGCUUUAUUCUGGUGGCAAAGGUUAAUCACUACUGGUUCCAGCAAAUUAUCACUGCCUGUUCUGGUAGAAUAAGAUAAAUGUUAUGAUACGAAAAUGUUAUGAAAUUUCUGUCAAUUUUAUUAUAUAAAUCUACUCAGUAUUAGUGUAUCAAUCAAGAAAUGAUAUACUUACAAGCAUAAGGUUGAUAAAGACAUCUAAAUCUUGUUAAAUAUUGAUGAACUGAAGGUCAAUUUAUAGACUUUAUAUGAAAUUUUAAUUGAUAAUUUACUUAUUCCAAUUUUUAUUCUGAAUUCCUUGGAAAAAGGCUUUAGCUAAAUUAUGAACUUAAGAAAAUAAAAAUGAAAUAGCACAAAUGCGUAUCUUAACAAAGUUCUUCUAGAAAGUCAGAUGAACAGAGCUUAUAAAUACAUAUUUGUUUCUCAUAGAAACAAAUAAUAAACAGUUUGUAGAAAUACUCUUUGAACACUUUUAUACUACUGUGUGUCAUAGAAAUGUGUUAUAAACAUUAGAGCUGUCAAUGAUAGAGACAAUAUUGAUGUAUUGUUGUUUUUUUUUGUAGAUCAAUAAUCGAUACACAUUUUAUUAAAUCGAUAAUUUUGAUUAAUGAUUUAAAUAUCUAUAAAUUAGGAAAAAUAACCCAAAAACAUAUACAAAAGCAGGUGGCCAUGUCUAACACCAAGCUGUUGUUACAUAAUGGACAUAUUUCAUAGCAGUAAUGACUAAAAAUGGUCAAAGGACAUUUUUAUACAGGACACACACAGCAUAUUUGUUUGAACAAAACAUGUUUUUUAUUAAAUUUAUUUAAACCUGUAUGAAAGUGAAUUAUAUACAGUAUUUAUCAAUUUAUUAGUGAAACGACAAUAUUUUGUAUCUGAUAUUGAUGUAUCGUCAAAAUAAUGACAUCAAAUGUAGGGUUUUGUGAUAAAAAUAUCAUUUUCCUGGUUUAACCAGCAAACCAUAUUUUUCGCUCUUUUAUAAAUCUUAAUUUUCCAAACAUAAUUCUUAAAAAAGCAAAGAUGAAAAUAGUUGAUAAAAUUUUGUAUUGAUAGAACUUGGUUCUAUUAAAUUUUGUAGAAUUACGAUAUGAAUUUUGAGACUUAUGUAUUGUAUCAGAUUUUGUUAUUUCUUGUAAAUGUAUAUAUGUGAUAUUGACUGUUGUGAAAUUAAUACAUUUUCUUUUCUUUUUUUUUCGUGUGUAAAAGUUUUUCAAUUUAAUUGUAAAAAUAUAAUUUAUGUACAAUGUAAUAUAAAAUGUGUUGCUAGACAACUGCUAUGUAAGUUAAGAUGUUUUGGUAAAGUAAACAUUCAAAUAUUGGAUCAAUUGACAUUGUAUCAUAGUUUGGGGGCCUCUCUAUUGAAAAUGUGUCAGAAUUAAAUCAUAUGCACAUACAUGCACAUUGCGUUAACUGGAGUUACAGCGCAUCGUACAAAUCAGAUAGCCUCGUAUUUCGAUGCUCUUUCCAUUAUUUGUAAGAAAUGAAUAGCUCAGAUUUGUGAGGUACUGACAUGGACAGUUCAUUUCUUGAAAUUCUGAAGAAAAACAAAUCAUAUCAUUAUGUAAUUUCUACAUCAUGUAGACAUAGUAAGACUUACAAGGUAUCACCGUUUAGAACUGAAAGACCUACAAAAUGUUACCUCUCUCUCUCUUCUUUCCUUAUUAAAAGUUUCUUUAAUCAUGAAAGCCACAAUGGGCAAGUGACUUAGAAACUCAAGCCAUCAUCAUGUGUGAAUUUAUUAUGGGGUAAUUUUCUUUUUUAUCAUAGAGGCCUUAAUAGGCAAGUGUUGAAGGAAAUUCAAGUCUGCAUUAUAUGUUAAUCUGUUAUUAUGGAAUAACGGUACACAUGAGGAUGCUGUCCAUGCAGUUUAUACAUGUAAAAGGUUAACUUAUUAACCUGUGUGUCAAUAUGGUAUACUUAAUUUGGCUGUCCUAGAUUUCCCAUUCUAAUAAAUUUUGAAGCUUCCCAAAAUAGCGGUUUAAGAGACAGUAUUGUGUAAAUGCUAAUUAAAUCCAUAACUGUUCUAUCUGUGAUGCCAUAUGGAAAGGUUUGAUAAAAACACCUGAAAUACAUCCAAGUUUUUGUAGAUUUAACCCCUUACCCGGCCAUAUUUGUGUAUUGGAUUUUGCCAGCUUUAUAUUUUGGAAAAAUGAUGCCAAAAGCUAAUACAGAUCUAGUUUCAUAAUAUAAUAGGUUGAAUUUGAUGGGAAUAUUGAAAUAGACUAACUCUGGAAUAAAGAAUAUUUGGAUUUUUCCCCGCUAAUCCAUAGGUAAAAACAAACAGUUACAGCUUCGAAAAUAAGGAAAACAGGUUAACUAAUCUAUUGUGACGGGUAGUGCACUUUGAAGCUUUAACAGUAAAAGUUUAUAAAUUUUGUACAGAUGGAUUAGUUGGAAAAACCCACAUUUGCCAAGUUCCGGAGAACGUCUAUUGAGGUUUUCUGGUUUACAUUAAACAUUGACACAUGUGUACAUGUGUAUUUGAAUAUGUGUAAUGAAAUAGCAUUAAUAAGAAACACAUGUUUCUAUGUAUUUGAACAUUAAAUGAAUUGUGAAAAUAUUGAGGCAAUAUUGUUCUCAGUAUCUUGUAACUAUGAUUAAAAAAUUUUAAACACUAUUUAGCAGGGUAAAAUGAUGAGGACUCAAUUACAUUGUACCUUGUUUUUUGUUUGCAUAAGCUGGUGAACACUGUUGUAUAUUCUGGCAGUAAAAUUCUGUGCUACAGUAUUGAUUAUUUUUAUGCUGGCAUAUUGUGCUGUACAAGUGUGAUCAGUUAUGUGUAAUAUAGUUGAACUACUACAUGUGUAUCGAAACAAUAAAUAUGCAUAUUUUCAUGGUUCAAUGGAAUUCUAGUCUAUGGGUGGGUGAAUAAAGAAAAGUAAACCUCCAUAUUGACAAGUUUCCUGUUGACCCUUUGGUAUAUCUUUACUUUAUGGAUAAUGGUACCUUGUGAACAAAAAAUAUUUGGCUAAAAAUGAUUUUUUUUUUCUCAUUUGAUGUUGAUUUAUUGCCAGAUUUAAAUUUCAUUCAAAUUCCUGAAAAUUAUCAUGAUUAUAUGAAAGACAUGGGGGAAAAGUUUGUUUUUAUUAUAGUUAAUGCUUAGUGAGAUAAAAAAAAAGGGAUAUCACAUUGAAUGAUGUACAGUGAAAGAUAUGGCUUUUAUCUCACUCACUGAAGUCAGUAUUUUAGUAGGCUGCACUAUAUAAAAAUGAAUUAAUUUUUAAUUUCAAAUACGUCCAACCCUAGACUAUCACAUAAAUUCUUCUUUAUCCAUUUAUAUUUUCAUUAUUGACAUAUUUCCACAUGUUUUAAAUGGCAUUUUUCAUCAUUUUGUUUAGCAUUGUCCCAGUGAUAUUUUGAUGCCUAGGUUUGAGACAGCCAUAUCUUUAACCUUGUCUUCUACUGGUUAACUAUCUCAUACUGGUUAACUAUCAUAUACUGGUUAACUAUCUCAUACUGGUUAUCUUUUUCAUACUGGUUAUCUUUUUCAUACUUUUAACUUUUUCAUACUGGUUAACUAUCACAUACUGGUUAACUAUCUCAUACAAUGGCCUUUAAAUUGUAAUGUACAACACCUGUUUUUCUGGAGCCUGUUUUGUAAAAUGACAUAGAUGGGUGUUUAGAAACAUGCAUUCAUUAGGCUAACAUGCAAUCAUUUGAUCACCAUUUUAUUGCCAAAUAUACAUCAUUUAACUACUUACAUUUGUGAUCUUGCAGUCUAACAUUUUGUUCUUUUUUUUGUGGCGCUAUUGCAUUUGUUAUUUAGUAUUUGCUUACUUAUUGACCUGUACAUGAAACAAUUCCGAAUUUUGAAAACAUUUACAAAAUAUCUCAAAAAAGGCACUCCGUUUUACUUGUACAUUUUGCAGUUUAAUGUUUGAAUUAUAUAUAGAAAAACCCAAUACCUUGAAAAGUUAUAUGUCUGCAUUUAAAUGAAUUACUCCUCACAUAUUUGAUGUUAUUUCUGAAACUUUUCAUUACAGUGGUUUAUUUAGAAAAUGUUUAUUUUCCAGGCAAGUCCAAUGUACAAUAAAUUCAAUAAAAAUGUUAAAAACUGAA